AGCAUUUCUCCAAUUCGCCUCGGAUCCUACUCUUGUAGAUAUCAUUGGGAGCCUUUAAAGCGAGCACGGCACAAUUCGCUCGUACGACACACACUAUCACCGCCCCACCACCGUGAUCUCUUUCUGUUCCAUACGAUCAUGUCCUCUGACGCUCUCUUGACUCAGAUCUUAGCCCAACUCAGCGCACUUCAGGUCUCUCAACAGACCCUGCAGGCCAAGUUGGAUGCGUUUACCACUCUUGUCGGAAGUCCACCAAGUCAUGCGACUCCUAUCACAGGCCAUAAUGAUUCACCAACUCUGACACCUUCCUUGCUGCUAUCACCUUCCUCUUCCUUGAGCAAAGUCCAGCUGGCUUCAACAUCGCCAGCGAGCACUCCGUCAGAUCACAAUCUAACCGAUAGAGAGCGAGAGAAGGCUCUGUACCCUGGUAGAGUGCUUUUGACUACUCAUCCUGACCAGCAUGGAAUUAAACCUUUUCCACUACAAUGGGGUGCACCCGAUCCCUCCUUGAGAGGACCUGUGAUCUGUUCACGUUUACCUUCUUCAGUCAAGCAGCGCAAUGCUCUUGGUGCUCACUCCGGUUCAUAUUCGAUUUAUCGCGCCCUUGCUAUAGCUAUGGGGACUCUUAACCCCACACAUAAGCCCGAUUACUCCAUGACUGAGCCACCUGUGCCUAUUCCUCCGCAGCCUGCGUGGUCAGAUCCACACAAGAUCGUAUCAUUUGACCCCUGGGGACACCUUGUACCUCAGGUAUUUAGAAAAGAGGUCGAUGAACUUGGGCUCGAUGUUCGUCCCAGUAUAGCAGUUACAAAGGCGCACAUCAAACUCAGUGAAAUUGACGAGACUGCGAGGAAAGGCGAGCUCGAGGUGGACGGCAAGAUUGUCUUGGCCACGCGUCCUCUGAAAAAUGUCGAUGGAACAGAGAGUGACGCUUAUUCUGGUGUAGAGAUCACCACCAGUAAAGCCGCUGUUGAGCCAGUAUGGUAUCUGCCUGGCAUUGCUGAACGUUUUGGGAUAUCCGAGAGCCUGCUUCGCCGUGCUCUUUUUGAAGACACUGGAGGGAUGUAUCCUGAAUUGAUUACCCGCCCCGAUAUCAAGGUCUUCCUCCCUCCCAUUGGCAAUCUGACAGUUUACAUUUUCGGAAACCCUGCCUUCCUGUACGAUGAGUCCAAGGAACUGACCUUACGUGUACAUGAUGAAUGUAAUGGUUCUGAUGUCUUUGGAUCCGACAUCUGCACCUGCAAACCUUAUCUGGUCUAUGCGAUCGAAGAAUGUAUUCGUUGCGCCCAGAGAGGUGGAGUCGGCCUUGUGGUGUACUUCCGCAAAGAGGGCAGAGCGCUAGGCGAAGUCACAAAGUACUUGGUCUAUAAUCUCCGGAAACGCGGUGGCGACUCUGCGGAUAAGUACUUCAAGUCCACGGAGCUUAUUGCUGGUGUGAAGGACAUGCGAUUCCAGGCACUCAUGCCGGAUGUACUACACUGGCUCGGCAUCAAGAAGAUCGAUAACAUGGUGUCCAUGAGCGAUAUGAAAUACAACGCGAUCGUCCAAUCUGGAAUUCCAAUUUUGAAGCGGUAUGAUCUACCAGAGCAUCUCAUCCCACCGGACUCGCGUGUUGAAAUUGACGCUAAGAUCGCAGCGGGAUACUUUACUAGUGGGAAGUCAAUCACCGAGCAAGACUUGGUCAAGACAGUCGGUAGAACUUGGGAAGAAACAGAGCAUUAGAAAUAACACAGGGCCCAUGUAUCUUCACGAACAGACUUUGUGUUCCUUGUACUGUACAACUACGUUUCUAUGUACCACA